GUACGCAACCUCAGAGACAACUCCACCAUUGAAUUCAUGUACGAAAGAAAUCUGUUUUGCGGCUGUGAUCUAACCUUGCGCCUCUAUACAGUCCGGACUGGCUGCAAUUGACACGGCAGACGGCUAAGGCGACUUGCUAUCCUCACUAACGCUAUCCAACUCCCAUCCCACCAUCCCUACCUAAUCAUUUCCACCUCAUAGGAGUAAAUUGAUGCAAGAUAUCAAGAUAUCAAUACAUCAUAAUGUCCAUCACUCCAGCCUCGAAGUUACCGUCGGAAAACCAGCGUGAUGGUCUCCCCACUACUGAACCCCACUCACCCUCCAAUGCCUCAGCAACAAAGAUAUCAAGCUCGAGUUGGCGGCAUAAUGCCUUGUCGCAUUUAACUACCGAUAUCACUCUCGAGAAAGCCGAUUUACCCAUUAUCGCAACAUGCCUCGUAAGCGGCCUAUGCGAUUCAUCGGCGUAUAACGCCUGGGAGUGUUUUGUUUCUAUGCAAACAGGUUAGACCUUUCUCCCCCGUCCUGGGAAGAGACAUCUAGGCCAUCGUCAACUCAUCGUUUACAGCAAACACAAUCUUCCUCGCACUCGGCGCAUCAGGUCAUCCCAUUACUCGACCCUACGGCUGGCUCAAAUCCCUCAUCUCCAUAUCCUCUUUCCUCCUAGGAUGCUUCGUCUUCGCAAACACUCGAUCCAUAAAACCCAAAGCGCGGGGAACCUUAGCAAUUUCCUUUGUCCUUCAAAGUAUCUGCAUAAUCAUCGCGGCAGCUUUAGUAAAAGCCGGUAUCGUUCCCUCUCCCAAAGGACUUCAAAUCGAAAGCGGCGAUGACAUCAAUUUCCUAGAGCUUAUCCCGCUGGCAUUCCUAGCCUUCCAGUCCGGCGGACAGAUCGUGACAUAGCGGUUGUUGGACUUUAACGAAGUACCUACCACUGCCUUGACGAGUGUAUACUGUGAUCUUGCGAGUGAUCCGCAUAUGUUGGCAAAGGAUAACGUGAAGCGGAAUAGAAGGGUUGCUGCUGUGAUAUCCAUUCUCGUAGGAGGUAUCGUGUGUGGUUGGAUAAGUAGAAGCCUGGCAGGCUUAUCGACGAAUUUUUGGAUCGCGGCUGCUAUUAAAAUGGCGAUUGCGAUAUCUCGGUCGGUUUGGAAACCUGAGCCUGCUAUCCA